ACACAAAGAGUCAGCGAUGGAGGGCCUGAACAAUGGCGACACUGCAUGGAUGGCCAUGUCCUGCGCCUUGGUGCUCUUCAUGACGCCGGGUUUGGCAUUCUUUUACGGCAUGACCUUCGCUGUGUUUCAGAUGACCUUCGCGAUCAUCGCGGCAGCAAUCAUUUCCGGAGCCGUGGUGGAGCGCAUCCGCUUCUCUGCCUAUGCCAUCUUCAUCGUUGUCUGGGUAUUGGCUGUCUACGGCUUCACCUACGUGGGCUUCCGCAACCUGGACACGGUCUGGCCCGACACCACCAUGCCAGGCAUGACCUUCGCUGUGUUCCAGAUGACCUUUGCCAUCAUCGCAGCGGCGAUCAUUUCCGGCGCAGUGGUGGAGCGCAUCCGCUUCUCUGCCUAUGCCAUCUUCAUCGUUGUGUGGGUUUUGGCGGUAUAUGUCCCGCUGUGCCACUGGAUCUGGGGCGGCGGCUGGAUCGCCGAGAUGGGCGCCAAGGACUUUGCGGGUGGCACCGUGGUGCAUAUCAGCUCCGGCACCUCCGCCUUUGCACUAGCAUCCUUGCUGGGCGAGCGCAAGCACCGAGCCGAGUCCUUCCCCUCGAACCUGCCCUUCGUCAUCCUGGGAGGAGGCAUCCUGUGGCUUGGCUGGACCGGCUUCAACGGCGGAUCCGCCUUCGCCGCGAACGGUGACUGCGCGCUGGCUGUUGCAACAACCUACGUCGCAGCCGCUGCGGCGAUGGUCAUGUGGGUCACGGUCGAGCGCAUCCUGGAUG